AUGGGUUUUUGGAAAACAUUUGAUCUCAACAAGGAUAACCAGAUCACAGCGGAAGAGUUCAACUUUUACUUGGAGCGAUUACCAGAUGAUAGUGUUAAUGAGGACAAGUUAAAACAAUCCUUCCGGCUAUUUGAUAUGGAUGAUUCCGGCCGAAUUGAGCUUGAGGAGCUCAAGGCUAUAUUUACUCAACUUGGAAGAGGCAAAGAUGACGAGCUGAUCAAAUCAGUGUUAACAUUGCAUGGCAUUUCGCCAGAAAAAGGAAUCGAAUUUGAGGAUUUUUUGGCAAUAUUUUCCAACCCCUCUUACGUUUGA